AUGUUCGAGUACGAAGAAAGCCCUCCGCCACUACAUCACUCGCCUUCUCCGAGUGACGAGUCGCAGUCCACCUCUAGAGAUACCACCCCAGCCACACCCGUUGGAAGCGGGCCAUCCUUUGGGAAAAAGACAGACAAGGAGAGUCUGCCUUGGUUUAGAAAGCCGCUCGACGUUGGGCGCACCACCACUAGCCUGUGCUUGGACGACUCCAUACUCGAACCCGACUUCGACGACAAUACUUUCCCAACCUUUGGUGCCUCGCCACCGGCUCGGGGCAUGGCGAGCGUAGCCACACCAAUCGACAUAUCUGCGAGACAGACGUCAACCUCUCCUCGCGGAAACCAGCCUUCAACGCUCACUUCUGCUUUGCAGCGCAGCGACAGUGAAGAGAAGCGAAAGAUGGCCACCCAGAUGCCGGAAACCGCCCUGAACCGCCCGAUCCCCCAAAUGCCUUCUAAUGCGUCCGAUGAUUUCGCCAGGUUCGAACAUGGCGCUCGACCGAUCACCAUGAAAGGCGUGGCAAAUGACAAGAUGCGACGCGAGAGCAUAGCACAGAGUUUGGGCACCGGCAUGAGCUGGGGAGGGAUUUCAGUCGGAAGCUGGAUCAGAGACGACAUGAUGAUGUCGGGAACUUCUCCCUUUACCUUCAACUCCCCCUCAUUCCAUUCCUCAUCCUAUUUGCCCAAGCUCGAGGCCAAUUUCAUGAAGGACUUCUCGUGCUGCGGCCUCACGCUGCCGACACUGCACGACCUGCUGCAACACUACGAGGAAGCGCAUGCCCAAAAAGAUCCGGGCCACGCAGAGGCCAACCAGGCAGCGGUUCCAGAUAGCCGAGCGGCUCUUGCAGCUACUACGGCCGCUCAGGUACAACAAGAAGCCCAACAACGGAACCAACAACAGCAGCAGUCCCAAAAUGCAUCGGGUCGGCCGUUCGGGUCUCAGUCAUCGACGUCACAGAAUAUGCAGCGACCCUCGGUUUCGGGCUUCUCCAGCACCCUGCAAACCAUCCCGGAUAUGGACACGGUCGAAGACAUGGAGAUGGAUGAUAUCGAUGGCGGGUCUGAUGAUAAGACACCACCACCUAAUUUGUACACCCAGAACCAGUCUCAGAUCUCCCCUCAAUCCUCAUUCUCUCGUGCUGCACAAGGCCAGAUUCCUCAACUCAACACCUCUAUGAUGCAAGGUCAUCAGGCCUUCCGACAGUCUACUCCCAACACUCCGGUCUCAACCAGCCGGCCAUCUACAGCUUUCCAGGGUAACAAUGCCUCGUCUACCCUUAUGGGUAAUCCCAUGCAACAAUUUCAAGAUCUGCAGAGCGGGUAUCGGGGCACCCCCGAUUCCUCAGCGCCCGGCACACCUGGAGAAUUAGAUGACGGCCUUAUGAGCGGCAUGGAUGAUAUGUCCAUGCAGGGCAACCCUCUGUUCAAUGGCCUACCUAAUGGGUUUGGAAACUUUGGUUUCGGUAUGAACAACGAUAUGAUCGACCUUUGUAUCGAUGAGCCAGCCAAACGACUGUUUUCCCCCGGUAACCAAGGCAUGAACGCCGGGCAAAACGGGCAGCAGUCGGUUCAAAGUCGUCUCGGUAGCGGGCAAUACGGACCUAAUAGCGAAAUUGCCCGGACCAUCCGUGAGCGGCAGGCGGCGGCUGGUCUGCCCGAUACCACCACCAACAUUCUCCCUCACGAGGAACCGAAGCCCUUCCGAUGUCCUGUAAUUGGGUGCGAAAAGGCGUACAAGAACCAGAACGGUCUCAAAUACCACAAAUCGCAUGGCCACAACAAUCAGCGUCUGCAAGAAAACGGCGACGGCACAUUCUCCAUCGUAGAUCCAGAUACCCAAGCACCUUACCCUGGUACUUUGGGGAUGGAGAAGGAAAAGCCGUACAAGUGCGAAGUAUGCCAGAAGCGGUACAAGAACCUGAACGGGCUCAAAUACCACAAGACACACUCGCCUCCGUGCAACCCGGAACUGCAGCUAAAUGCAGGCAAGAGUCCGUCAUUGGGGAUGGCCAAUAUGAUGGCAGCUCAGAGUGCCGGAGAUGUGGGAGCUGGCCUCUCGGGCGAUUCGAGCAUGAUGUGA